GAUGCAGUGUGGGAAUGGCUGUGGCGCUGGGGUUGGCUGAAAGAGGCGGCCAGUCGAGGUUUAAUGUCCGCCAUGUUGGCCGUGGCGUAUUGAGCGGAACCGGAGCGGCGGAGGAGCGGAGCCAGCGCCCAGCCCAGCCGCGCCAGCGGGCGCCGCCGAGCCCCGUGUCGGAGUGCGCCCCGCCCCGCCGGGGGAGCCCCGGUCCCUCCAUGAGAUCGCUCGGCGGGGUCCGGCUCUCAGCUCGGAGCGCGCUUGCUGUCGCCCCCCCCUUCCCAGCCGGAGCCGCCAUCGCCGCCUAACAUGAGCAAACUGUCGUUCCGGGCCCGGGCGCUGGACGCGUCCAAGCCGCUGCCCGUCUUCCGCUGCGAGGACCUGCCUGACUUGGCCGAAUAUGCCUCCAUUAACCGGGCCGUGCCGCAGAUGCCCACGGGCAUGGAGAAGGAAGAGGAGUCGGAACAUCAUUUGCAGCGGGCUAUCUCAGCACAACAAGUCUAUGGAGAGAAGAGGGAUAACAUGGUUAUACCGGUUCCAGAAGCAGAAAGUAAUAUUGCAUACUAUGAAUCUAUAUACCCUGGAGAAUUUAAAAUGCCAAAGCAGCUGAUUCACAUACAGCCUUUCAGUUUGGAUGCUGAGCAGCCAGAUUAUGACUUGGAUUCGGAAGAUGAGAUCUUCGUGAAUAAGUUGAAGAAAAGAAUGGACAUCUCUCCUUUGCAAUUUGAGGAGAUGAUAGACAGACUAGAAAAGGGCAGCGGUCAGCAGCCAGUCAGCCUGCAAGAGGCCAAGCUGUUGCUGAAGGAAGAUGAUGAAUUGAUCAGAGAAGUAUAUGAGUAUUGGAUUAAAAAGAGGAAAAAUUGUCGAGGUCCUUCACUUAUCCCAGCAGUGAAGCAGGAAAAACGAGAUGGCUCCAGCACAAAUGACCCUUAUGUUGCUUUUAGACGACGAACAGAAAAGAUGCAGACACGUAAAAAUCGAAAAAAUGAUGAAGCUUCCUAUGAGAAGAUGCUGAAGCUGCGUCGAGAUCUGAGUCGUGCAGUAACCAUCCUGGAGAUGAUAAAAAGGAGGGAAAAGAGCAAGAGAGAGUUGCUGCAUUUAACACUGGAAAUUAUGGAAAAGAGGUAUAAUUUGGGUGACUACAGUGGAGAGAUCAUGUCUGAAGUCAUGGCACAGCGGCAACCGCUUAAACCCACCUAUGCUAUUCCCAUCAUUCCUGUGACUAACAGCAGUUCUUUUAAACACCAAGAAGCUAUGGAACUGAAAGAAUAUAAAGUUAAACAGGAUAAACCUGAUGUUAUUAGACCCAAAAGAAAGUAUGAGAAGAAGCCAAAAGUCUUACCUUCGUCUGCUGCUGCUACUCCUCAACAGACAAGUCCUGCUGCACUGCCAGUCUUUAAUGCUAAAGAUUUGAAUCAGUAUGAUUUUCCUAGCUCAGAUGAUGAACCUCUUUCCCAGGUUUUGUCUGGUUCUUCAGAGGCUGAGGAAGAAAAUGAUCCCGAUGGUCCUUUUGCCUUCCGUAGGAAAGCAGGCUGUCAGUACUAUGCUCCUCAUUUAGACCAACCUGGCAGUUGGCCGUGGAGUAGCCCUAAGGAGGGAAGAUUAGGAGAUGUGCGAUACAGAUACUGCUUAACCACCCUCACUGUACCCCAGAGGUGUAUUGGGUUUGCACGGAGACGGGUUGGCCGUGGUGGAAGGGUGCUACUAGACAGAGCGCAUUCGGACUACGAUAAUGCAUUUCAUCAUCUGGACUUGGAAAGGUUUUCCUCAUCACAACACUCUUCAAUCAGUCAAUUUGCCAAUACCUCAGAAACAAAUACCUCGGACAAAUCUUUCUCAAAAGACCUCAGUCAGAUACUAGUCAAUAUCAAAUCAUGUAGAUGGCGGCAUUUUAGGCCUCGGACACCAUCCCUACAUGACAGUGACAAUGAUGAACUCUCCUGUAGGAAAUUGUACAGGGGUUUAAAUCGAACAGGCACAGCACAACCCGGGACCCAGACAUGCAGUACCUCUAUACAAAGUAAAAGUAGCAGUGGUUCAGCACAUAUUGAAAGUGCAACAUCUUUGGGCCUGGUGCAUGAAAUACUAAAUCACACUGAUGGCUCUAAGUCUCUCCAAUCUUCUGAAUUCACUGCAUUUACAGCCGAACAAUACCAGCAACAUCAACAGCAACUGGCACUAAUGCAGAAACAGCAGCUUGCACAAAUUCAUCAACAGCAAGCAAAUAGUAAUUCCUCUGCCAACACAUCACAGAACCUUGAAACUAACCAACAGGAAAGUGGCUUUCGCCUGAAUCUACAUCAUAGCCAUUCUGUAAAGUGUUUAGAAGGGACACUGCAGGGUUUUGUUUCCAAGACACUGGAUUCUGUUAGUGCUCAAUUUGCUGCUUCAGCUUUGGUUACAUCAGAACAGCUGAUGGGAUUCAAAAUGAAGGAUGAUGUGGUGCUUGGAAUUGGGGUGAAUGGCAUUCUUCAGGCCUCAGGAGUGUACAAGGGCUUACACCUCAGUAGUACUACACCUACAGCACUUGUCCAUACAAGUUCAUCGUCAGCAGCAGGUUCAGCCUUGUUACAGCCUUCAAAUAUAACGCAGACUUCAAGUUCCCACAGUGCACUGAGUCACCAAGUAACUGCUGCCAAUUCUGCAACAACUCAGGUUCUGAUUGGGAACAACAUUCGAUUAACUGUACCCUCAUCAGUUGCCACUGUAAACUCUAUUACCACGCUCAAUGCACGGCAUAUACCUAGGACUUUAAGUGCUGUUCCAUCAUCUGCCUUAAAGCUGGCUGCAGCAACAAAUUGUCAGGUGCCCAAGGUUCCAGCUUCAUCCUCUGUGGAUGCAGUACCAAGGGAAAACCAUGAAACGGAGAAGCCAGCACUGAACAAUAUAGCGGACAAUACAGUAGCAAUGGAGGUGACGUAGUUUCCAUAGGAGUGGGACUGCAGCCUUGGGAACUUGUUUAGGUGCUAUGCAUCAGUAGCAUUUUGAAUGCAAGGGAUGAUGGAAUGCCGCACAUUGCGUUUCCAUGGCAGCUGUGGGGACUUGACAGCAAUGCACAUCUCUCAUGCUUUGGUUUUUCUUUUCUUACUGUUAAUAGGAAA